AUGGCAGAGAAAAUCGAAAAAAAGCCAAUCACAAUUUCCAACCUUUUGCUUGGUGCAGGGUUGAACUUGGCGGAAGUGUCGUCGCUUGGUCAGCCACUCGAGGUGACCAAGACCACGAUGGCGGCACACAGAGACUUUGGUCUCACGCAGGCUGUGAAACAUAUCUGGAAGCGUGGGGGUCCGCUGGGGUUCUACCAGGGGUUGAUUCCUUGGGCAUGGUUCGAGGCGUCCACCAAGGGUGCGGUGUUGCUUGCGGUGAUGACGGAAGGUGAAUACCAGUUCCGGGUGUUGGGUGCGUCGCCGUUUGUGUCCGGUAUUGGUGGUGGUAUGCUUGGAGGGUUGUCGCAGGCGUACCUCACGAUGGGGUUCUGCACGUGCAUGAAGACGGUUGAGAUCACGCGGACCAAGAGCACGAGCGACGGCAAGCCUGCCAAGAGCACGUUCACGGUGUUCAAGGAGAUCUACCAGAAGGAGGGCAUCCGCGGUAUCAACAAGGGUGUCAACGCGGUGGCCAUGAGACAGAUGACCAACUGGGGGUCGCGGUUUGGUUUGGCCAGAUUGGCGGAGGACUGGAUCAGGAACUUCACGGGCAAGAAGAAGGACGAGAAGCUUGGCGCAGUGGAGAAAAUCCUCAGUUCUGUUGUCGGAGGUGGCUUGAGUGCCUGGAACCAGCCGUUCGAGGUUGCGAGAGUGGAGAUGCAGAGCAGGGUGGACGACCCGAACAGACCAAAGAACUUGAACGUUUUCACGACCUUGAAGUACGUGUACAAGACCAACGGGAUCAAGGGCCUCUACAAGGGUGUCACGCCGAGAAUCGGCUUGGGUGUCUGGCAGACCAUCUUCAUGGUGUCGUUGGGAGACUACGCCAAAGAGUACAUUGCCAACUGGGGCAAGCCUAAGCCAGCGCUCAAGUGA